UUAUGCAAAACAAUGGUAGGCGUUUCUGUUGGGAGAGAGGGUACUGCUAUACAUAAAGAGGAUUUGCCCACAGCUGUUUUCUGUUGUCCUGCGUGAAUAUUGUUAGAAUUAUGCAAAUUACAAGCCUGACACCUGGAGCUUGAAGCCGUCCUUUAAAAGUGUAAAUUCCAGGUGAGAAUAGCAGUGUCGAAGAUGGCGGAAAUCACAGGAGCAGCAGCGGGAGUUAUUGGGAUGGCAUUGGGAAUCAGUGGUGCAAUUGCUGAGGCUAUUCCAACAUAUCGCCAGUGUACCAUUGAGAUUAAGAAUAAUUGUACUCACUACAGCCUUUGUAAUCCCAGGAUUUACAUUGAGAGUGGAGGCUGUGCCAUACCUCUGUCACCUUUCAUUGCACCUUCCACAUCUGACAUUGCACAGUUCAGCAAGACUCCGAACACAGCUCGAGGAUCUGUAGGCGUCUUCACGUAUGAUCUCCUGAUGAAGGAUACAGAGGAGCACACAGAGAAAAUAGCUGUCAUGUUCUCUGUGCCCUAUGACUUCAAUUUAUUCUUAAACUGGUACGCAGUGGGAGUCUUUGACAUGAGCAAAAAGUGUGAUCAUGAUCUUUAUUUAGAGAUGUAUUAUAAAUCAGAUAAUUCAUUUAUCAAAGGUAAAGCAAGUGACCCGUGUCUUAUGUAUAAAGGCGAUAAUGUUACCAUCAUGGCAGCAAUGUCAGACUCCUACCAACCUGUCAUUAAGCUACAAGUGACUGACAAAGGAAUGGAGACUAAAAUGUAGUGUGUCCAUCAGAUACAAAAUCACUUAUUUGUGUAUUUUGUCACAACUCUUGUCUUUUUAUACAAAUAUGCAGAUGACUGUGGUCUAAUAAUGUGGGCUAUAAGUAGGCUGUCAGAGCAAAAUAAUCAAUAAUAAAAAAUAUCUAAAUGUUCCAAUGCAUUCACAAGCUGUAGGCUGACUAAGCUGUUGGCUCUUUUUGUACAUUUAUACUCAUGUACUCAUCUAUAUUCAUAUGUAUUGAUAUAUUUUAAUGCUCUUUAGCCAAGAAUAAAGAAGGUAUGUGAUAA